CCUGUAAGAAGUGUAAGAAGGACGCAAGAUGGUGGUAUCCCGUGCGAACAUGUGAUUGGAUCAUGAAUGUUUUAUCUUUGAAAUCACUAGGAAGGAAUGGAAUGAAUGUCAUAUCGUUAUAACUAGGUAUUUCACCGUGUAUCAUGGGUGACAGAAACCCGGGUUGUGAAUUAGAUUUUGGUUGGUUAAACAGCGUUCAUGUAAAUCUGCCUGCCAUCAAAUGGCAUGCUACAUUAUUACAGUCCCGCCACUCUGUCAAAAAAGAAUGGCAGGCUGCGUGGCUCUUGCGUGCAAUAACCUGCAUUGAUCUGACAACACUUGGUGGUGAUGACACAGCAAGUAACAUAGCACGGCUUUGUGCAAAGGCAGCACAUCCGUUAUCAACUGAUCUUUUGGUAGCCCUUGGAUUUGAUGAAAAUGAUGAAAGGAUUACCACUGCUGCAGUGUGUGUGUAUCCUGCUCGUGUGGCUGAUGCCACAAGUAAUCUUAAGAAGCUGGGUGUGGCUGACAGGAUUCCUGUUGCAUCAGUUGCAACAGGCUUCCCUAGUGGUCAGUACUUACUGAGAACACGUUUGGAAGAAAUACGAACAGCCGUUGAAAAUGGCGCAACUGAGAUUGACAUAGUAAUAGAUCGCAGUUUGGCUUUAACUCAUCAAUGGGAAAAACUCUACCAAGAGAUCCAACAAAUGAAAGAAGCAUGCGGCCCGAAAGCUCACAUGAAGACCAUUCUAGCAGUCGGAGAGCUGGGUUCGCUGACCAAUGUAUACAAAGCUGCUCUUGUGGCUAUGAUGGCUGGUUCAGAUUUCAUUAAGACUUCUACAGGUAAAGAAGCAGUGAAUGCGACAUUACCAGUAGGUGUUGUUAUGUGCCGAGCAAUACGUAAUUAUUACCAGCGAGUUGGAUAUAAGGUUGGCUUUAAACCUGCUGGAGGUAUUCGUACAUCUAAAGAUGCCCUUAACUGGCUAAUCCUGAUGAAGGAAGAACUUGGAACAUCUUGGUUGUAUCCUGAUCUGUUUCGUAUUGGAGCUUCUGGCCUCUUGGGGGAUAUUGAAAGGCAGUUGUAUCACUACGUUACAGGGCGAUAUGCUGCACUCCAUGAGUUUUCAGUGUGCUAACCUAUAGUACAUUCUCGUUUCAUAAUAUGUAUGAAAUAGUGAAGGGCCCAGAUAAGGUAAAUCCUCCAUAUUGUGAAAUUCAGGGAAUCCCAUUAUUAGAGUUAGUUUUGUCCAAGUUUUAUAUAUAUGUGGCCUUUAUAUAUAUGGAAUAUAUCUUUUGGGGAUAUGGAAAUUUCUUUGUUGUAAGGUUUGUGCUUUAUGUAAAUUCAUUAUAUGGGAAAUUUAUUGUGUAAUCUAUAAACUGUAGUGGACAAAGUGCACAUACAUGGCUCCACCUUUUUACUCAGUUCGGUCUUGGCAGUGGCAACAGACAAAUUUCCCAGGUGUGUAGAUUGAGCUAUGAAAGUUUUGUAUUAUUGUUUUCACUAGGAAGGAAGUUAUGUAAGUUUUAAAGUGUUGGAUGAUAAAAAGACACCCGCUACUUUAUAAAUGUUCAGAAAAGAAGCUGUGAUCCAGAAUUUUUAUUAGACUAAAACUAGCAUCUGGAUGAUGAGUAUGAGAUUAAGAAACAGAGCAAGGGUAUUGGGAAGAGGUCAGCAUCAUUGUUGAUAAUUGCAUGAAUUGUUGAGUACACUCUGAACAGUUAGUUCCCUGCUAGUACUAAAUAACAGAGGUGUAAUUUGUGAAACACAUUGUGCUUAAUUUGUUAUGUAUGAUCAUUUUGAAUUUUCAAGUUUAAGUGAUUGUCAGUGUUGGGACUAGGGAACUUCAUAAUUUCACUUCAGUUCAUUUUUAAUUGUAACAUGAAAUAAAAAAUUGAAAAUACAGGGCAUUUUUAACAAUUACAGACAAGAACAAGGAUCUUAAUAAAGUUGUGCCUGUUUUUAAUUAAGUACCAUGUACUAUGCGGCCUGUGGGGGUAUGGGCCCACGCAUACCCAACCCCAGCACUAGAAGUAGGUGAGUGGUCAACUUCACGCCUAGGGAAAGAUCCCUCGUUACCAUUGGAGAGGAUGUGAUGUUGGCCUCAGUGCCAGUCUGGUUGUGGCUCAAACAAUCAUUGGCCCAACUGGGAAUGAACCCUGGAUGUCCAGCCUGUAGCCUUGUCAUUAUAUCUACAGUUACACCAGCUUUGAUUUUCAUAAUUGCUUUACAGUGCUUGCACCGUGUAUAUGUGGUGUACACGGUGCAAAAUCCCAGAAGACUGCCUUCUUCAUAGUCACUGCCGUGAAAGCCUCAAAUCUUACAUGGCAUUAAGUCGUUUUAAUUACAAUUUCUAAUGUUAAUUCAAAAAAUACUGGAAUUGCUUGGCAGAUAUCCAUGUGCAGCUAAAGCCUUAUAUCGUAUUAAUUCUCAAUGCCGAAUGCGCCGUUAAAAUGUUUAUAUUUUCCGCCGUAUGAAGUAAUUUAUCAUGAACCAAUGAGGAAAAAAAAAAAAGCACAGAUCAAAUCCAAAGAGGGAGCAAUUUCGGGUAGGCAUGUUGGUCGUAGAAUGGUUUUAGAAAUUUCCGUAUUUAUAAGACACCCAGUUUGUUUCUAAAUUUCUUACACAUCGAUUCCACAUUUAAUAAAAAAAAAA